AACAUCGAAAAGUUUCAUUUGAAAAAGUUAUCAAAGUGAAGAGAAGACUUAAAACGAUAAAUUAUUUUUUUGAAGAAAAACGUUUCUGCUUGCCUAUCUGUUUACCUUCUAUCAUUCAACUCAUUGAUAAUAACUUAAGUAAUGGCUAUGGCAACAAGAUUGAGAUCAAAAAUGCGCGAAGAGAAUGCAGAAGCAGUAAAAAUAAUUGGAGGAAAACCUGGAGCGUCCAAACAGAAUUCUUUAGACUCAAAGGAGCAACCAAGAAGAGCAUUUGGCGAUAUUCACAAUAAAUUGGGGACUGGAACGGCGACUCAAGACAAGCAAAAGACUAUUGGAGCAUUUUAUAAAGAUGUAAAGCCACGAGUUGACACAAGAUGGAAGAAAGCAGAGAUUCCCGCUCAAAAAGCUGGAAAAUCCUCGUUGGCGACAGUAACACAUUUCCCAUCAUUAGCAGUCACAAAACAUCUUCCAAUUUUGAAACAAGCAAAGCCAUCAGCAGCAGUUGAAACCAUAACCGCACAAGUUCGCCGCACCUCGAAAGUUUCUACGUUUGGCGAGCAUCCUGCACUAAUCAGAAAAGAAUCCAUUGUUACAACCGAACUGCAAUUAAUUAAAUCUCCUUUCAAACUGCACAAAGCUAAAAUCGAACAUCCACACAAAAACUUCUACGAAAGUCACUCAACAAAAUUGAUUCAUCAAGUUGAAGAUAUUGAUGAAAAUGAUGCUGAAAAUCCUCAAAUGCUCACUGAAUAUGUGAACGAUAUUUAUAAUUAUCUCUUCAAUUUAGAACGAUUGUUUCCGAUUCGUGAAAAUUUCUUAGCCAAUCAAACUGACGUCACGCCAAAAAUGCGAACAGUUUUACUGGAUUGGCUCAAUGAAGUUCACUACCAGUUCUCAUUGGAACUGGAAACUUAUCAUAUGGCAGUAUCGAUGAUUGAUCGCUAUCUUCAAGCAACUUCAAACACACCUCGUCGCUACUUGCAACUUGUUGGCGUCACAGCAUUGUUUAUGGCUUCAAAAUACGAAGAAUUGAUGCCACCGGAAAUUACUGAUUUUGUUUAUGUGACUGACGACACAUACAGCAAAAAUCAAAUCUUGGAUAUGGAAAAGAAAAUCUUCGAAGCACUUCGUUUCAAUCUCUCGAAACCGCUUCCAAUUCACUUCCUGAGACGUUUCACGAAGGCUGCUGGAAAUUUAGGCGAUCGUCAAUACAUGGCUGCAAAAUAUUUCCUCGAACUUGCAUCAAUUGAUUAUGAUCUGACGAAGUGUAAUCCGUCUCAGGUUGCUGCUGCUUCUCUUUACCUCUCAAUAUUCGUCCUCAACUCGAUAAAAAGCAAUGAUGACCUCUGGACACCAACUCUCGAAUAUUAUUCGACAUAUUCAGCCGAUGCUUUACUGCCGAUUAUGAAACGUAUUGCAACACUCGCAUCUGUCGCAAGAGAUGCCAAACUUAGAUCAGUCUACACAAAAUAUUCUCACAGCAAUUUCAAAUUUAUUUCUACCUUGCCGGAGAUGAGCGGAUUGAAAAUGUUCGAAAUGGCUAAUCGAGCUUAGAACUUUAAUCAAAAGAUCUCUGCAUAGUUUAAAAACUCUUUUUUUUAUUAAUUCAACCCAUUGAUGAUUUCUAUAUUUUUUAAUUGCUAAUUUUUUUUCUUAAAACAAACUUUCUCUUUCAUCUAUUCAUUAGACUUAUAUGUAAGAUUUGCGUAUCAAAAUAACAAAUGAGAAAAAAAAUGUUUUUGUGUCGCAUCGUCUGAAAAUUAUUUGCGUAAACUUAAAUGUGUUAACAAAAUUUCAUCAAUUAGCAUUUUUACCAAUAAAGGUUUUUUUACAUAAAUUUUGUUCACUUAAGAUGAAUUUACA